GGGAAAAGUAAAACUGAAAGCUCGCACGAGACAGAACGCAAAACUCGUGACAUACUUUGCCAGUCUUAUCCAAAUACGUCUCCCUGGUGGCCUGUAUAGUAAAAAGACAGUCACUGUACGAGGGAAAGGUGUAAACCUAUCAGUUCGCUUGACCUUUAGCUACAUCUUAACGUGCAGUCCUAACUAUUACGGCAGGAAAUGUGAAUUGUAUUGCAAGGCGCCACCAAAUGGAAUCUGUAAAGUAUCGGGAAACCGUGUGAAUGUUAUCUGCAAGCGUGACUACUAUGGUACAGGGUGUGGCACUAAAUGUGUACCCUCAACCAAAUUCACAUGUGAUCAGAAAACAGGAGCCAAAAAAUGCAAGCCAUACUUCUUUGGCAAAGACUGUGACACGGAAUGCAAGCCUGGUGCAAACUACAAAUGUGACAGUUCUACUGGUAAAAAGAAAUGCAACAGAAGUUGGUAUGGCCCAAGAUGUGACGUAGAAUGCAGAUCAACAUCACUUAGCAAAUUCAAAUGUAAUCCAUUGACAGGCACUAAGGAAUGCAACAAAGAUUACUAUGGCAAAAACUGUCAGACGUAUUGUAAAGACACUCCUGCCACCCGAUACACGGUGGCAAGGUCUGCAAGCCAAACUAUUAUGGAGAUGAUUGUAAAGUGAUUUGCACGGGAAACAGUAGAUAUACAUGCGACCCAAAGACAGGAGCUAAAAUAUGCAAUGAAGGAUUAUUUGGGAAAUAUUGUAUAACACAAUGUCGACCUACUGGAAACAAAAUAUGUAACCCAUCAGGUAAACUUAUAUGUAAACCUGAUUAUUAUGGUAUGCAGUGCAAGACCUUUUGCGACGAUAGCGACUCAAACUAUAAAUGUGAUGCACGAGGCAAAAAGAUAUGCAACCUAGGCUAUUUUGGAACUGAUUGUCAGACAUUCUGUAAAGCUACAAAGACAUAUACCUGUGAUGACAAGACAGGGGAGAGAAAAUGUAGGAAGGGAUACUAUGGAAAGGAAUGCAAAGUAGAAUGCAUAGAUGGUCCUAGAUAUCAGUGCGACAAAGAAGGGAACAAAAUAUGCAGAACAAACUACCAUGGCAUGAAUUGUAAUGUACUUUGUAUAACUACAAUCGGAAAUACUUGCGACGAGCUAGGUAAUAAGAUAUGCAGGCAAUACUACUACGGGAAUGAAUGUUCCAAAAGGUGUGUACCGAGCCAGUCGUCGUAUUGCGGCAACACUGGUAAGAAGUUUUGCUAUGAAAAUUACUUUGGACCGGAGUGUCAAACAUAUUGUAAGGAGACGCCACAUUAUAUUUGUUCUCCAUCUGGUCAGAAGAUUUGCAGAGAAAAUCAAUUUGGAAGAAACUGUAACAAGAGAUGCAUCCCACAAUUGGAAUUCCAAUGCAAUACAACAAAUGGUGAGCGGGUUUGUAAUCGACAUUAUUUUGGUGUUAGUUGUUUAACAUACUGUAAAGAAAGCGUAUCUGCUAAAUGUGACAACAAAACAGGAGAAAAAAUAUGCAAAGAAAAUUUCUAUGGUGACUUGUGUAACGUUUCGUGUAUACCAGAAGAGACAUUUGGAUGUGACAAUAUCACAGGAGAAAGAAUAUG